UGCGUGCGGACGCGGCUCCGCGGCUCCGCUGCCUCCCACGGCCACCGGCACCGGCGUGCGUUUCUCUGUGCAAACAUCCACCGGUGGCUCGGUGCGUGUGUCGGCCGGCGCGGAGUGAGAUGUUUCGGGUCAUCCACCAUGGCGAGAGGCGUGUUUCCCUGCGGGCUCCUCAGGAAGCAUCUGUCCGUCCACCAGGCCAGAUUCUCCUACCUGCACAUGAGGUACCUGUUCUUCUCCUGGCUGGCCGUGUUCGUGGGGAGCUGGAUCGUGUACGUGAAGUACUCGUCCUACACAGAGCUGUGCCGCGGCCACGACUGCAAAAACUCCAUAUGUGACAAAUACAGAAGAGGAGUGGUGGACGGGUCUGCGUGCAGCAGCCUUUGUGAGAAAGGCACUCUGGUCCUGGGGAAGUGUUUCACCGCCACGCCCAGCAGCCAGGUUUACUCGGGGACCUGGGGAGACCUGGAGGGAGUCAUCAAGUGCCAGAUGGAGGACGGUCCCUCCGACGUGGCAGGAGAGAGGGAGAGCCGGAGGGAGGCUGCUGCCUUCAACCAGCCCACCAAGGGCACGUCCGUGGAGAAGUUCAGAGAGAUGAUCGUCACCCACCUCAAGGCCACAGUGGGAGAUCAGUCCAACCUGGCAGAGCUGGCAACCAGAGUCCUGGGCUCGGCGGACGCCAACAAGGACCGGCGCAUCUCGCUGCCAGAGGCCCGGGCCACGUGGGCGCUGCUGCAGCUCAACGAGUUCCUGCUGGCCGUGGUGCUGCAGGACAAAGGUCACACGCCCAGGCUGCUGGGCUUCUGCGGAGACCUGUACGUGAUGGAGAAGGUGCCGUCCUCCCCCCUGUACGGGCUCCGGCUGCCCUGGCUCCUGGAGGCGCUGGUCCCGGCGGGCCUGCGCCGCAGCAUGGACCAGUGGUUCACGCCCUCCUGGCCGCACCGGGCCAAGAUCUCCAUCGGCCUGCUGGAGCUGGUGGAGGACGUCUUCCACGGGAGCGCGGGCAGCUUCCUCAUGUGCGACGUGAGCGCCGCGAGUUUCGGCCACAGCGAGCAGCACGACUUCAGGCUGACGGACGCGCAGCACGUGGUUCCCGAGGCCGUGUUCCGGAGGAGCAUCCGGCAGCGCCACUGCAACGCCGACCGGGACUGCCUCUACGGGGCGGACUGCUUCACGUCCUGCGACCUCACCAAGCACCGCUGCACGCCCGAGGUCAGCAGGCCCAACCUGGCCAAGGCCUGCCGGACCCUGCAGGACUACAUCCUGAGGGGGGCGCCGGCCGACGUGAGCGGGGAGCUGGAGAAGCAGCUGGACGCCUGCAUGGCGCUCACGGGCUCUGCCGAGCACAUGGAGAUGGAGCACUCGCUGGUGCUGAACAACCUGAAGACGCUGCUCUGGAACAAAAUAUCGCACAAUAAAGACUCUUAAGUCAAGCCUACGGAAGAGUAUAGGGCUUGGUCGCCAAGUUGCAUUUUGGGACGCGGUGGCCUUUUUGGCAGCGUUGUGAGUGUAAACAAACAGCAACUGCAAUUGCCGUUUGCACGUCUGGAAUUUACCGGGAUACCUUAAACAAGGAAGCCACUGGCCAGUAUAUGGAGAAAAUAAUGAUUAACGGUAUGGAUCCAUAUGAAAUCCCUACUAAACAGUGGAGCUCCAACGAGGACCUACUGCCGCAGUUCUGCACAACCCACGUCUUACUACCUUGUUUAGGAGUGU